AUUUAGGCCCAAUGCAAAGCUAAAAAGGCUUCAUUUUGUUACAAUGGCAUCAAUAUGUGUGGGUGCUUUACCACUGAACCAGGCUCUACUUCUCUCACAAACCAAAAACUCAGCUGCUACCUGUGUAACUUUUCCUUCAACAAGGGGGAAACUAGGUAGGCGUUCUCACUUGGUUGUAAGAGCAGAGAGUAUGAGUACUGUCAUAGAGAAACAGGGCAUCAAGAUUGAGAGGAACCCUUCUGAGUCCAAGCUCACUCAACUUGGUGUCAAGCAGUGGCCAAAAUGGGGUUGCCCUCCAAGUAAAUUCCCAUGGACAUAUGACGCCAAAGAGACUUGCUAUCUUUUGGAAGGGAAAGUGAAGGUUACUCCAAGUGGGGCAAAUGAAGCAGUUGAAAUUGCUGCUGGUGACUUGGUUGUGUUUCCAAAAGGGAUGAGUUGCACUUGGGAUGUGUCUGUUGCUGUGGACAAGCACUAUCUAUUUGAAUAGAAUCCUACAAGAGGUGCUUCAUGAAUGAAGCUGAAGGACUUUCAUGAAUUGAUUUCGCAUGUAAGUUUGGAUGUAAUAGAACAACUAACAAAGACAUAAUAAAGUGGUCAUUAGCUAUUGUGGAUGAA